AAAUCCUCAAAGAAAUUUGAAGACUUGAUGGAAAUGGUGAAAAAGCUGCAAAAAGCUGGAAGCUUGGAACCUCGAGUUGAGGUCCUGAUUAACCGGAUUAAUGAGGUUCAACAAGCCAAAAAGAAAGCCAGUGAGGAGCUGGGAGAGGCUCGGAUCCUUUGGGAGGCCCUGCAGAAGGAACUAGAGUCAAUAAAUGGAGAGAAGGUACACCUGGAGGAGAUCUUGAACAAAAAGCAAGAGACACUGAGGAUCUUGCGUCUGCACUGCCAGGAGAAAGACAAUGAGGCCCAGAGGAAGUACACAGUGUUGCAGGAGUGCAAAGACCGAAUUUCUGCCCUGAAUACCCAGAUUGAGGAAGAAAAGAUCAAACAGAGGCAGCUAAGGUUAAAUUUUGAGGAGCAGCUAGAGGAUCUUACGGGACAGCAUAAGGAUCUCUGGGAGUUCCAUAAAUCAGAGCGACUGGCACAGGAGAUCAGCACCCUGGACAGCAGUAAGGAGCAGUUACUCAAGGAAGAGAAGCUGAUCCAGGCAAAGCUGGAGGAUGUAAAGCAUCGACUGAACUCCUUGUGUGGGGCUGAAGGUCCCUUGACCAUCAGUGAGGGACUCUUUCUGCGCAGCAAGGAGGCUGUGGCCGCUGUGCAGAUGUUUGAGGAGGAAAAUGACAAAGCUAAGGAGCUUCUGGAGACUGCAACCCAGCGCCAGCAGCAGCUCCAGGAGAGGUGCCAGCAGCUACAGGAGAAGCGCCAGAGGUUGAAGGAAGAACUAGAGAAGCAUGGAGCCCAGGUUCCCACACAAGCCCAAAACCCCCAAGAAGAAGGGGCCCUCCGUGGAGAGGCACAGUACCUCCUGAAAUCCAGUGCCAAGUUUAGGGCCAAUGACAAGAAAGACCUGGAGCCACCCAACUAG